AUGGUUGAAGUGAAGAGAACGGUCAGAGUGACAACUACGCAGCAAAUUCUCAAAGACAUCCCUCCCGUGCAAGAAGGAUUCCCAAUGCGGGAGUGGGCCAUCCAAAUCUCGCUCGUAGACGACAAGGGCAUCGAGCAGCCGGCGACCUUAUUCGACAAGGUCACGUACCACUUACAUCCUACGUUUGCUAACCCUGUGCGGUCUUUCAAGAAACCGCCCUUCAGAAUUCAGGAACAGGGAUGGGGAGGAUUCGACAUCCCAAUCACGCUCACUUUGCUGGAGAAAGGUGGCGACAGAAAGAUCAAUCACGAUCUUAAUUUUAUGAAGGACAAAUAUGUUAUCGACACCCCAAUUACCGUCAACACAACCAAGCCAGCACUUCUUGCAGAAUUGGCCAAGACCGGGCCUAUUCCAAGCUCAGGCGAAGCCUCUGCCACACCAGGCGCUGGAAUUACGAGCGGAACACCAACCCCAGGUCUAUCGUCCGGCCCGGCCGCCGCAGUUAAAAGAAAGGCCCCUGUGACCGAUUCGAGAACUACAAAGAAGCUCAAGGGUGCUGCCGUGAAGGGAGGCAUCGAUCUGGAGCAAUUGGCCGAGCAUCUCACAAAACUGUCCGAGGACGAUCUUUUGGGCGUGGUGCAGAUGAUCAACGACAACAAGACCCCAGAAAUGAGCGUGAAAAAUGACGUGGAGAACGGCGAGUUCACCAUGGACCUGUACACCUUGCCAGACACAUUGCUGAAAAGUUUGUGGGACUACGUCAAGAAGCGGGUGGAAUAA